UUGCUUUCUUGUUUCGCGCGUUAUGAUUGGUCGCUUGAGUUGCGACAAGGCGCGUGUAUCGAGCAGUCGGGGGGACUUACUGCGUAGUGUGCAAACGUGUUGUGUUACAAUCUUCUCGUAUAAUUAAUUGUGUGCCGGACGCUUCCUGCAUAAUUAACGCCCGGAUAAGCGUAUAUUUCUUACAAAAAAGAUCUAUGACAUCGCACACUCAGACUCCUGUUGCUGAGGGGAAUCAGCAUCAGCUACAUAAGAAAACUUAUUGUUCCAAGUGCACACUCGCGCGAGCGAAUUAGUAGAAAAAAAUAUGGGAAAAAUAAAUAAAUGUUUUGUGUCCAAAAGACAUAUGCGUCGAAUAGUCAGAAAAGAAUUAUUAGAAACUUUGUUGGUAAAUCACAAAUUAAUUAAAAUAAAUGAUAAAUCACAAACUAAAACUGCAUUCCAGUCAGCAAUGCAAAAAGGAAAUAAAAAUGAAAUAAAUAUUGAACAAUUUGCACAUACCGAAAAUCAGUGUACUGCAGCAUUUCCAACAGAAAUAGAUGAGGAAGAAUCUAUAAGAUAUAUUGAAACGCUCGUCGAUGAUGAUUUUCAAUUACAUAAAUGUAACAUAGGAUUUGACGAUAAAGUUUCAUCUGUGACUGAAGAGUUUGCACUUGAUGCCACUAAACAAUGGGUUCUGAAAUAUAGACAUUUAUUAAGCCAACGGGCCAUUAACGAUAUGUUGCAAAUUUUACGAGUGCCAUAUCCAAAGUUUCCUGCAGACUCGCGUAUUCUUUUAAAAACACCAAAUUCGUGCCCCUAUGAAAUAAUUAAUAUGCCCCCCGGUUUCUACUGUCACAUCGGUAUAGAGAAUACAAUUCGUAGACUCAUCAAUGACAGUAUUAAUAUGCACAAUUUCUUAUUUCAAAAUUCAGAACCAGUGUUACCCAUUAGUAUAAACAUAGACGGAUUACCUAUUUCAAACAGUUCAAAAAGUCAAUUUUGGCCAAUUUUGAUUUCUCUAGAUGUAGAUUCAGUUAGUCAAAAUGCGUCAAAACCUUUUGUAGCUGGAAUUUACCACGGGCACACAAAACCAGCUGAUGUUAAUCAAUUUUUAAGUGAAUUUAUUACAGAAUUUAAACAUUUGCAAGAUAAUGGAUUUAACAUAUGCAAUAAAACUGUUAAAAUAAAGGCCAGUAAAUUACUUUGCGAUGCUCCUGCUAAAUCAUUCGUUUUAUGUACGAAAGGUCACACGGGAUUUUACAGUUGCACAAAAUGUACUCAAAGUGGUACCUUUAUUAAUAACCGACUAGCUUUCCCAGAUAUCAAUGUAGACUUACGAACUGAUGCAAGUUUUAAAAACAAAUUAGAUGAUGAAUUUCAUAAAGGUACAACUCCUCUUGAAAAUAUUAACAUCGGGUUAGUUUCGCAAAUACCCCUUGAUGGUAUGCAUCUGGUAUUUCUCGGUGUAAUGAAAAAACUGAUAACGUUUUGGGUACGAGGACCAAAAAACAUUCGCUUCACUGACGAUGAGAAAAAAGCCAUUAACGAUCAAAUAUUAUUUUUAAAGAAUUAUGUACCUAAAGAUUUUGGCCGCUUACCAAGAAGCUUAGAUGACAUAGAGUACUUUAAAGCUGCUGAACUAAGACAAUUGUUGUUGUACAUUGGACCGAUCGUUUUACAAAAUAUGAGAAACAAGAACAUGUAUACACAUUUUAUGACAUUAUCAUGCGCUAUUCGCAUUUUAUGUAGUCCUGCAUUAUAUUCAGUUUAUAAUGAUUAUGCUUUGCAACUUAUUCAGUAUUUUGUUCAAAAAUAUUCAGUUCUUUAUGGUCCUGAGUUCAUCAAUCACAACGUACACGGCCUCAUUCAUUUACCUGCAGACUGCUUGUUGCACGGUCCACUUGAUACAUUUAGUUGUUUCAAAUAUGAAAAUUUUCUGUACGAAAUAAAACGAAAAAUUAAAACAACAAAACACCCCUUACAACAAAUUUGUAACAGACUAAAGGAAGAAGAGCAGAAAAAGAAACAGGACGACAAGACUUAUCCGAUUUUACAUCAACAAAGUAAAGUGCAAAUUAUUGAUAAGGAAAGAUGUAUAUUCUACAAAAAAGUGGAUAUUGGAAAGUAUGAAUUCAGCACAGAAAAUAAAGAAAAUUGCGUCAUGCUUAGAGACAAGGCUGUACUAUGCGUAGACGGUAUUUUCCAAAACACUAACACACUGGAAAUGUUCAUAACGGGAAGAAAGUUUACAGAAUCAACAACGUUUUUUAAGUCACCCUGUUCUUCUGAACUAUUUAAUGUAGAACAGGUGCAAAAUAUUUCUGAAGAUACGUAUACUGUUAAUAUUGACGAAAUUCAAGCAAAAUGUUUUAUUUGGUCUGUAGUCGAAUUUGCGGAGUAUUUCGAAGAAUCGACUGCAGUAGAAGUCGUCCCGACAACAUGGGUAACAAUUUUAAACAACGAAAUUACAUGCAAAUGGCCUGGGAAAAACAUCCGCAGGGCAAUCAACAAACGAACAGCCCCAUUAAGUUCUUGGGAAACUUGGAAUAUAAGAAACAUCUUUUUCCAAACUGAUGAAUAUCAGACUGCCGUAGAUUUCGCAAAAAGAAAAACAAAAACUGAUACAGAUACGUCAGUGCCAGAAACUGGCCGAAGCAAAAGGAGAGUAAAAAAGAAGAGCCAAAAUGAUUACACAAGCGACUUCAGCGAUAAUUCCCAAAAUCAUAGAAUGACACCACCUCCGAUGCUGUCUACCGUAUUUGAUCCUGCAAUCGAACGUAGACAAUCAAGUGAAGUUCUACAGACUACAAGAAAUCUGCCAGCAGAUAUUGACAACAUUUUUCCAACCGUCAAUAAAAAAAUAAAUAGUAAUAUAGGUGAUAUAGGUUAG